GUUCUCUUGGACUUUCUACCCUCACUCCCACCCCCCACCAUCACAAAUAAAACAGAAAAAUUUCCAAAUGUAUUACAAAUAAAGUAACAAAAUGAGUCAGUUUUACAAAAAUUCUUUUUUCAUUUUUAUGAUAUAUUUAGACCUUAGAAGUUGGUCCCAAGCCAAAAGUCUUCCUGCUCCACCCAGCUAAUGGAGGUGGAGCUUUAUUUAACCAACUGAUAACCCAAGAGACUUCAUUUGUCUUUCUGGGCCUCCUGGAGACAAUACUGGCCAGUAAUCAUUCUGGGCUUUUCAGAGUGAACAUAUUUCUGGAGUACCACGAUUACUGAGUAGCAGCCCACUGUUCCCUUCGAAGACAAUGCCUUCCAUAUUUAAGAUGGUCACUGGAAAAGUAGUGCGUGAAUUGAAUGAGAAUGGAGACCUAAUUCCCAUUAGGAACCUCAUUGACGCUGACAAAUUCCACUGUUGCUCUCUGGUGUGCAAAAAAAAGAGCUUUUUCCCUUUCUUUAAACCUCACUACUGGAAGACAGGGCUUACUGUGGAUGACCUUCUGGAGGCCUCCGAUGAGCUGGACUGUGUCUUCACAGAGGUGGCAGAAAAAAAGAAUUCUAGAAUUAAGGACAAUGUGAAAAUGAAGAUGAGAACUGAAAUGAAUAUACCCCAUGUUACAUCUGUAAAUGGGGAAGUUGAUUUCUCUACAAGGUUAGAGUUAAAGUUAAAGUUCUGGGAGAUUUCCCAGGAAGGAAAGGAAUCUUUGUCCCAGAGGAAGCUGAAAAAAGAGAUGCCUUCCCUAGUGGAAGCAUUGAAGAAAAGAGGAGAAAAUCUGUAUAUGGUGAUAGAAACGGUGGAGUUGGCCGAGGAACAAAGCGUAGAGAGGAAAUAUUUCGUGGACACUUCCUUCAAAUCUCUAAUAAUGAAAAUAGAGGGCUGUGUGGAUGUGAGUAUCAGCAGUGCCGUCACCAUCCCUUCUAAGAGUGUCCUUGCCUGCAGAAUUAACCUGCUGGUCUUCGAGGAGAAGCACUGCCGAAUUUCUCAUUUUGAUGAUAAAAAUUCCUUCUCUUCCGAAAGUGAUAGUGGCCAGAGAUCAGCAAAGCCGACUGAGGAAUGGCCCGAAACUCUGGAGAGCUUCAGUGAUCUGCAGGAGAAGGUGAAGAACUUGAUCUGGGCCCUCCAAGACCUGACAGAAACGCAGCGGAAGGCUGUGCUGGACUUGCUUACCAGGCUUCUGCAGGACGAGGCACUGGGGGAGAUGGAGGGAAAGGUGGCUAUGGCCCUUUUCACGGAAGAGCUAAGUGACCCUGAGAACCCUCUCCUGAGCGUCCUGUUUGAUGCCUCUGGGAGCUCCAUGCAAAACCAGGCUGAGGGCAUCCUGGAUUUCCUUGAGGCCCUGACAGAGCUAAAAGAAGAGCAACAGAAGAUACUGCCUAAGGUUGUGGAGAAAGGACUCUUGUCCGAGACAAUGAAGUUGGUGGAAGACCUCUUAAGGCAGUCAGAAACAUUCUCUCUGAAGGCUGACUCAAUCACCCACACCCUUGUGGGGAUAUGUGACCCAGAGGGCAAGCUAGAACAACCUGUUACCUGGGACUCAGAGACAUGUCACUCACUCUGUGCCCUGUACACAGUUCUUUCUGUCCUGAUGCUCUUAGCUCAAGGUUCAGUUUCUGUCCCCUAAUUUUGUUUCCCAGGGCUCAGUAAUUUAAAUGUUGAUCAAAACGGCUUCAUAGAUUUUAUUCCAAAGAAGAAAAAGAAUGACCAAAGACAUGUAUAAUCUUUGUGUAAUAGAGUGUAAGCUCCCUGAGGACAAGAACUGUUAAAUUUUUGCCUCAGUAAAUCUCAGAAUGGAAAAGGACUCUAGAGUCUACCUAAUCCAACCCAUACUUUAAAGAUAUUAAAUUUAUCCUGUAUCUUUUUUUAUUGAUUCUA